AAGUUAAGAGAAAAGAUGUAAGGAUGUGUUGCCUGCACUGGCCAACGACAGGCCGUGUUUGAACGCUGAUUUCAAGGCUAAAGUAAAGUCCAAAACGGAUGUUUACGAUGCAACCUUCAAGUGGACUAAAGACGAUCUACAGAAAGCAUAUUCUUCCUAUUCGCUUACUUUCUUUCCUUUUAAUUUUGUAUUGGAGACGCUUCUUCGCGGUAGACAAGUCGAGGGGUCGCCAGAUAGUUUUCAUGAUUUAUUGCAUCAAGAAACAUGUGAAGCACAUAAGGUCUAUCAACUGGCUACAAGGCUUAGCUUUUCAAAUAAAUACUUCUUGUGGUAGUGGAUGGACAAGUAACAAACAACAUAUGACUAAUCUGUCUAUGUUUGAGGGACAACUUAUUUAUCAUCACCUAAAAUGAGUAAACAUUUUUACUUUAUUUUGUUCUUCUUUUUGUAUGCAAGAGGUAAUGAAGUCACAGAGUGCGAUUCAUUUUAUACACAAGGAAACCGACCGGAAGAGUUCAGAGAAUCCCUUAAUGAAACCUCUUCUAAUAGCGAAGAGGAGCACAAUACUGGAAAGAUUGUUGGUGGUGUCUUGGGAGCAGUUGCAUCUGUCAUACUUGUUCUAGGCCUAGUCAUCAUGGUUGCAUGCAAGAAAUGCUAUAGCCAGGAAGGACACGAGGAAACGGAAUCAGAGGUUUUCACAGUAGAAGACCAAGAAGAAGUAACUUUGACCCAAGUCACAUGAAAUGAAAGUAAAUCUUGAAUGGACAAAACAGUUCUGAGAAUGGUUCUAUAAGAAAUAGAAACAAUUCAAACCUGAAACGGACAUUGCCAUCAACGCUCUGGUCAAAUAAAAUCAAAUCACAACCACUUACGAAUAUUAAACUUCCAAACAUUACAGUUCAUAAACGUUUGUCCAAGUCCCUAGCAUUUGUACAGAAACUGUGGUCUACUGCGUGCUUGUGUGUGUGUGUUUGUGUGCGUGUGUGUGUGUGUAAAGAUUUUUUGGGAAAAAUUACCCUGAUUUAUUUGCUACAAGUCAUGUAAUAAAUCCAAUUUUUCAUAACCAAACAACUGGUUAUACUUCUACGUCAAACCUUCUUUGACAGGUGACUGUUUUCACUAAUAUAUAUCACAGUUUUUAUACUGUACAGGAUUUUCGUGUGAAUAGUUGAAAAUGUUUUAAACAGCUGGGCUUUGUGACAUCCAAACAAGAAUCAUAGUAUAUUCUGUAGUGGCUAGACGAUAAUACAUUUUACGAUUGAAGAAUCUGAUAAGAACAUUCCUCUUCAAAGACACCAAACAUGC